AUGCAAGCAGCGGAACAGCUGACAUUAGGAGUGUCCGAGUCAAAAGCCGUCCAUUGCCACCGGAAACUAAAGUUCUGUGCGAAGUUGGGCUUUGCGAUUUUGACAAACUUCGUGAACACUCUUGAAAACAAGGCUAUGCUGUCCUCCCUGGCCAACAGGCUGCUUGACGUGGAAUGUAAUAUUGAGGACAGCGGAAAGUUGAUCUCGUGUGAUUGCGACGUCCACAAAAUAUUCGGCCGGUCGGCAACACCGACCAUAACAAAGCUGUAA